AUGUCCAAGGCUGUUCUCUACGACUUCUUCGCGUCGGCGUGGUGCCAGGUCCCGAAGCUGGCUAUUGAGGAGCUGGGUCUCCAGAACGAUGUCGAGACAAAGGUCGUCAACCUGCUUGAGGGACAGAACUUUGAGCCGUCAUACCUCAAGAUCAACGCUCACGGCACGAUCCCGAGUCUUCAAGUGGACGGGAAGACGUACGACGACUCUACUUCCUGCACCCGCAAGCUCAUCGAGAUGGCGCCCAACGCCCCCAAGAAGGACACGCACACGGACCACGAGCUCGAGAAGCUCAUCCGCGCCGUCCACUCUGACCACCACGACCCGAACGUUCUCCUCCUUCUAGCCGUCAACGACGAAGAUCGCGCCGAGAAAGCCAAGGGUCUCCCCGCAGCGUUCCUCGGUGGCCGCCAGAAGACGCUCGACAAGCUCGCCACCGAGGGCGGUGAGUUCGCCGACUUCAUCCUCGCCAAGCAGAAGUUCAACGGCACCCUCCUCUCGUUCUACACUGGCAACCCGGACGAGGCGACGCGUCAGAAGAUCUAUGCCGACGCCAACGGGCAGUGGAAGAGCGCCGGCGAAUUUAUCCGGGGCGAGGUCACCCACAUUCUUCGCAAGACGCCGGGAUCGUACCUCGGCGGCGCUAGCACUCCUGGCGAGGCUGACUACCACCUCAUUACUUGGCUCGCGCGUAUUAUUACGGAUGCCGGCGGUGCCGCCGGAUCCGUGUCGGGCGAGGCGUUUGCUGCCCUCCAGAAGCGUAUUGGCCCCGAGCCCAUCGACCCCGUCGUCGCGGGAUACUGGGACGGCUGGACGCAGCGCCCUUCGUUCAAGAAGCUUGGUGUGCACUAG